AUGAGCAAGCGUUCAAGUUCGGGGGUGCUACCUCCGAGCAAGAGAAGACACACAGCAGACGAGGCACUAGGGUUGCUUCUCGACCACAGCGAUGAACUCAUCAGUUGUCUUCAAGCCUUUUCUGGGUCAAAAUCUGUGUCUUCUGAUCGGAACGAAGAUUUGCAAAAUCUCCGACGCCUCAGCAAAAAACUACUGCCUUCGUUCAAGCACUUGGCCGGCGAGGGGCCCACCCAGGCUGAUGCAGCUCAAGAGAAUAAUGUGAGCAAGAACGAGGUCUCGAAAAGUAAGAUGGACGCAGCUUUGCCCACGCCACGCGAGGGGCCGACGUCCACUGCACCGCCAAUCCCUUCAUUCACGCUGGUCACGCCAUGGACACCAGCAGACAUUCCCAACUCGAUGCCGCCUCUUCCUGAGAUUUCGAACCCAGUUCUGAAAAUGGCGGCUUUCACCCACGUGGGGGUAGUCAAGCACAAGAGCGACCUCAGUUACGACCGCCUCGAGUGGCUAGGAGAUGCCUACGUUGAGUUGAUCUCAUCAUCUCUCAUUUUCCAGACGUUUGGGGGGAUGCCCACUGGAAAAUGCUCUCAGAUAAGAGAACUUCUUAUUCGCAACGCCAACCUCGGGGAGUAUUCUGCACAUUACAAGCUCUUCGAAAGGGCCAAACUGCCGGCGGAGUUUAGGCCUAAUGGAAACCUGCCCGUCGUGGCCAAACCACACGAAAUCAAGAAGGUCCGCGGAGACUUGUUUGAAGCAUACGUGGCCGCCGUCGUCCUUUCAGAUCCCGUCCACGGUCUUCCCCGGGCUGCGGAAUGGUUGAAGGCACUUUGGGCGAUGACGAUCAAGGAUCAGAUCAGAACAAGCGCCAGGAACCCUGGGAUGGGGAUAGUGAAGGAGUUGGGCGAGACUGUGACGGAAGAGAAUCAAAUCGCGCCCAAGGUCCGGUUGAGCCAGGUGAUUGGUGCAAAAGGCAUCACUAUCCGCUACGAGGACCUGCCCAGCGCGAACAAGAAGGACAAGUACAACAAGAAGCUGGCUCUCUUUUCCGUCGGUGUCUUUCUUGAUGGAUGGGGGGAGAAGAACAAACUUUUAGGCACGGGGAGUGAUUUGAACAAGAAGGAGGCGGGGCAGAAAGCAGCCCAGAUGGCGCUGGACAACAAGAAGCUGAUGAAGGUCUAUACGGAGAAGAAAAAGGCGUUUAUGGCAGCCCUUGGGGAGACGGAGGAUGCAUCGGACUAG